AUGCUCCCCAUCGUUCUCCUCAUCGCGUCGGGCCUCGUACUCGUCGCCGCGGCCGUCUCCACUCCCGGAUCAGCCGCAGCCUGCGAUGCGUUCACUUUGACCAAUGUCACGAACGUCGCCAUCGCCAGCGUCACGCAUUUCGACACCAACGCUACGGUGGACUUCACCAACCUCUUCUCCUCAAUCAACACUUCGGUCCUCCCCGCGUUCUGCCGCGUCGAGCUGGUGGUCACGACCAACGCCACGGCUGGCUCUUUUGCCAUCACGGAGGUCUGGCUCCCGGACGAGUGGAAUGGUCGCAUGCUGUCAUUCGGGAACGGCGGCGUGGCGGGCGGAGGCAAGCGGGCCGCUCCCCUGCUUCCACUCCAUGCUAAAUUUGUCCCUUCAGUGAAUGUCGCUGAUAUCGGAAAUAUCGCGGUACGCCAGGGCUUCGCGGGAAUGUCGACGAAUACUGGGCACAACAGUACUGAUUCCGAUGCCACGUGGGGGCUGCACAACGACAAUGCUCUUUUCGACUGGGGCUUCCGUGCGAUGCAUCUCAGCGUCAUCGCGGGCAAAGCGGUGAUCGAACAGUACUAUCAGGCUCCCGCGAACAAGUCUUAUUACCUCGGAUGCUCUACAGGUGGGCAAAAGGCCGUAGCACUCAAGGAAGUCCAAGAAUUUCCGGACGACUUUGACGGAGUCGUUUUGGGAUCGCCCGCCAACUGGCAGACUCAUUUGUCUGGCUGGGGUCCGCAUAUGAACCUGAAUGUGCAACCGUCAACGUCACCUAGAUUCAUGACAUUGGACCAGUGGAUCAACGUGAUCGCUCCGGAAGUCUUGAGGCAAUGCGAUUCCCUCGACGGGCUUGCGGAUGGUAUCAUAAACGACCCCCGGGCGUGCAGGUUUCGACCGGAAACACUGACAUGCCGCCUGGGGCAGAAUACUUCAACGUGCUUAACUGGUCCGCAAAUAUUUGCUCUACAUCGUGUAUACAGUGACUACGUCGAGACGGACCAAACGUACAUCUUCGGACCGUACUUCCCUGGAGGCGAGCUCGAGUAUGCCGUCAGUGGAUACAUGAGCAGCAAGCCGGAUUCCAUUUCCCUGUCCGCCAUCCAAAAUUUCGUUGUCAACACCACUGACUUCACGAUCGAAGACUACAACUUUGACAUCUUGAAGCUCAUCAUCGAGGUCAACGCCGGGCAAGCCGCCGCCAUCAAAACGAAUUUAACCGACUUCGCUGGGCCAACCCACAGUGGGAAGAUCAUCCAGUAUGUCGGCUGGGCCGACCAGCUUAUCAGUCCCGGGGCCUCGUUGCACUACUACGAGACCGUGCACACCUUCAUGACCGAGCACUCCAUGCUCGACAUCGACGACUUCUACCGCCUCUUCCCCGUCGCUGGCAUGACACACUGUGCGCUGAUCGACUUCGCGUGGGGUCAGGGCGGCGUGGGCGCGAACUCGUUUGGGCAGGCCCUCAACGGCAACGUGCCCGUCGCAGACGACGCGCAGCACAACAUCGUGAGCGCGAUCGUCCGCUGGGUCGAGGAGGGUGUGGCCCCGGAGAACUUCACCGCCGCGAAGUUCAACGACGACAGCUCGGCGAAGGGCGUCAACUUCACGCGCCCUGUCUGCAUGUAUCCUUCGAGCCUCGUGUUCCGUGGCGGCGACCCCGCCGACAUGGGUAGCUUUGAGUGUACGACGCUCGUGUGA